AUGGUCAUUACCUCAUCAAAACCUGAAGCCAUUACUUCUCUUAUAUCUGCACUCUCCAAUGUUUUUCCCGUCAAAGACCUUGGUAGAUUGUCUUACUUUCUUGGGCUUGAAAUUGAUUACUCUACCUCUGGUCUUUUCUUAUCUCAAAGAAAAUACAUUAAAGACUUGUUGAUUCGAAGCAAUAUGCUUCAUGCCAAACCUAUGUCAUCUCCUAUGGCAGCAUCUCUUAAGUUGUCACAAUUUAAUGCCCCUGAGUUCAGUGAUCCCAUCUUAUUCAAAAGCAUUGUAGGUGGAUUACAAUACUUGUCUAUGACUAGACCUGACAUAGCCUUUGUUGUAAACAAAGUAUGCCAGUUUAUGCAAUGUCCAAAAGAACCUCACUGGUCUGCUGUUAAAAGGAUCCUUCGGUACCUCAAGUCCACACUCAAUCAUGGACUGUUUUUCAAAUCAGCAUUCAAGUUCACUCUUCAAGCCUAUACAGAUGCUGAUUGGCCAGGCUGUCCUGAUGACAGACGGUCUAUUGGUGGGUUCUGUGUAUUCCUUGGUCAGCACCUCAUCUCUUGGAGUUCUAAGAAACAAAAGACGGUUGCACGCUCCAGCACUGAAGCUGAGUACAAGUACUUGCCUCUAUAG